ACUGAAGCUGACAUGUCUGAAAAUCAGCUGUUUAAUUUUAAUUACAAUUUUAAGUAAAUUUACAUUUAAAUAAGACUACAAUUAUUGUAAAACAACUGUAAUCAAAGUGUAUUUUGUGAUAAAUCAUAAUUUCAAUACCGAUCUACUGCCAACCAGCACCAGUGAGACGGACUUGUGAGCGGUGUGACGUGAUUCAAUAACCUAUAACGGACUUUUACCGGGGGAGUAUCUGUUAUUAUUUUAUACAACUUAUUCAGUAAUCCAACACUCCCUACACGAUAGGUAUUCGUACAUACUCGAGAAUCUCGAGACACGUCCCUCCACACACUAAGGCAAAACUUGUUCUCACUUUGCUUGACUUACAGUGGAAGUGAAGUUGAAGAAUGAUCUGUACAGUCUGUACCUACUGCCUCAGACAAAACUAACAUUCCACUGUACACAUAAUGAUUACAGUACGACAUAGUCCACCUGAGUUAGGUAUAAAUAGUUAUUAGGCAUAGUGUAAGUCUGACUAAAUUUUCCUAUGGCCUCUUUAUUUGUGUUUGCAUCAAGUACCUACUUAUUACUUGUUUAGUUUAUUUUAUGAUAUAGGUAAUAAACCUAGUCAACAUACCAGGAAACUAAUUUUAACUUUUCUUCCUAGUCUAUUAACUUAUCUCAUUAGAUUACUUUUAUUAUCUCGCUGUCUCUCAUCCUCUCUCUGCUAGACUCCUAACACUUUCCAUUUCCUUCACUUACAUAUAUCUAUUGGUGUGUUUCAGGUAUAUAGUACAAGAUGGCUCCUAUGUUCACUAGAAAAGCUGCCGCUCUUGAAGAACAACAGAAACUGAAAAAUGCUUUACACGAAAUAAAAUCACUGAAACAAUUAAAUACCCAAUUACUGAAGGAACAAGAUGAAAGUGAAGCUGAGAUGAGAAUCAUUAUUGCUAGGAACUCACAGUUAAAGUCUGAACUUGCAAACCUGCACAACGCUCAUACUCUGUUAUCAGAGGAGCGCGACCAACUUCAGUUGGCAGUAGGGUUGUUCAAUCAGUGCAUACAAACUUAUGAAGAGGCUUUGGGAAAGAUAUCUAUGUUAGAGGAUGAAUUAAGCCAAUCUCAACAGUUAAUUUGUGACCUUCAGUCACAAAUAGCAAGUUAUGAAACACAAAAAACAAAUAACUUGUAUGAUGAGCUGCUUGCUUCAUCCUCAACAGCACCAGUGUUGACAAUUGACCUGACCUGUGACAGCCCUUGUGCUGCUAAUAAUAAGCCACAUUCAGAAACUAUCCAUUUAAAUAGUCACAAAAAAAUUAAAAAAUACAUUAAAAUUGGUAAAUUAAUUAAAAAAACGAAAAAAUUAAUAAAAUUUCAGAAAUUAUGUAAUAAAAACAUUAGGCUUAGAAAAGAACGUUCAGAUUUAUUAAAUAAGCUCAAUACAUAUUGUUCCUCACUGCAAGAGAUGAGAGUUCAAUAUGAAACUGACGUUCGGAGUCUUAAUGAGGAGAUUCUAAAACUGGAAAACUCCUUGAAAACAGUUACUUCCCAGUACGAGCUGUCACAGAAACAGGUCGGUGAGCAUAUACUGGCCGCUGAUGAGCUGUUAGCCUUAAGUAAUUAUAAUAUAGAUCGUCUUGACUCCCUGAUUCAUAGAUGUGAGUGCUCAAAUAGGGUUCCGGACGAAAUGCCAGUGGACAGUCAGUGUAUAGGACAACAAAAAGGCUGUGAAAACAAUGGUUCCUCGUUACAUUGCCCUCAGCGGAAAACAUUUGUUGUUUCAGAUGGAUUGGGAAAAGACUUUGGUCAUUUAAUAAGUAAUAAAUUACAUCAAACAGUGAUCAACAUAUGUAACCCAGGGGCACCAUAUGAAUAUAUAAUUGAAAAUGUAAAAGGCUGCUGUUUAGAUAAAUAUAGUACAGUUGUCUUGUUGAUAGGUGACAGCAUGCAAAUAACAAAAAAACAAAUUUUGAGAAGUUUUGCUUACCUAUUGGACCUACAAAAAAAUACGGGUUGUAAAUUCAUAUUGUGCACUUUUCCUUACUCUUGCACUUUAACCCCAGCACAAAAUAGGUAUGUCUAUAAACUCAACAUGCUUAUUAAUAAUUUAAGUUUUGGCCAUAGGGAUUAU